AAAAACUGCUUUUUUUUAUUGUUUUGAAGCUUUUCCCCUUCUCCAUGGCCUUAUCUUCAAGCUUCCCACUUACCACACCACGCUCCACCGCCUUAACAACCGUCAAGCCUUUUCUUUUUCCUGCUUCACUUGCCAACUGUCACUUCCCUGUCAAACCCACCAUUCAUAAGGACUGUAAUCCUUCAGGAAACUCAGCCCCUGAGAAAUGGAGGGCCAAUGUUUCUUUUUUCCCUGCUUUCUUAAACCAAGGCAAGAAUGCUGAGAAACUUAAGGAAGACCUUCUAGAGGCCAUUGCACCACUUGAUCGAGGUGCAGAGGCCACUCCUGAGGACCAGCAGAGAGUUGAUCAGAUAGCACGAAAACUUGAAGCAGUUAAUCCUAUAAAGGAGCCUCUCAAAUCAGAUUUAUUGAAUGGAAAAUGGGAGCUUAUAUAUACUACUUCAAGAUCAAUUUUGCAAACUGAGAGACCUAAGUUCGUUCGAUCAGUUAAAAACUAUCAAGCAAUCAAUGUGGACACACUUAGGGCCCAAAAUUUGGAAUCUUGGCCUUUCUUCAACCAGGUUACAGCAGAUCUCACACCUCUGAAUGCUAGAAAGGUGGCUGUGAAGUUCGAUUAUUUCAAAAUCGCAGGUCUGGUAAGUAGAAUCAAUAGAUACUCAAUAUCUAACAAGUAAUCAAAAUACAGUGUACUAAAAUGUUUGAAGAAUAAACUGAACCUUAAUAACAGAGAAAGCCAGCUAUCCAAAUGCCAUUGAAUGUUGACUAAGCCAUGUUUUUAAAUUAAUGAGUCACUCUCAACUGAUGAAAACUUUGAUGGAAAAUAUUAUUGUGUUGUAAAAUGUUUGUGGACAAAGACCUUGUCAUCCUAAUACUGUGAACAAUUUUUAGUUUCAUUGGAAGUAUAGAAAAGUUUUCUCAAUGCUUUUAAGUUUCAGAAUUUUCAUUCUAAUGUCAUGGCAUAGCAGCUCGUUUGCCUGAAUUCCUAUCAAGCAGUUUUCUUGUAUUACUUGCGUUGAUAUUGGACUGCAGAUACCUGUCAAGGCACCCGGAAGAGCUCGUGGCGAAUUGGACAUUACAUACUUGGAUGAAGAGUUGCGGAUAUCCAGAGGUGAUUUAGGAAACUUGUUCAUCUUGAAAAUGGUCGAUCCAUCAUACCGUGUCCCUGCCUAAUCAACAAAUCAAACAACAGCACCUGGACUCUUUUGGCCAUUGAUGCUUACAAGAAUGGACUAAAUACUCAUUUCUAUGAGCUAAAUUGACCAGAGCCGCGUCCCUGCAUUUUGUGUAUAUAAUGUAUGAAAAAAUUUUCUGGGAGGAAAAGUUUUGCACUUAAGUAUACGGUAUACUAUCCACCAGGCAUUGCAUUUAGAGCCUAAUAAAUUAAUAAUUCACUUGUGUAUAUUUCCUUGCAUUCUAUCUAUAAUCUCAUCCAUUUCUUCCCUCUAGACUAGUGCAGCCACAAGAACUAACAAAAUAGGGUAUAAAUUUCCAGUGGCAGGUAACUCAUGAUGCAUCCGUUACCAAUUCAUGUAAAGCAACAAUUUUCAGUUUUUGGGACUUCAUAAGAGAUUAAGGUCAGCAUAAAAUAUUAUAGAGUUU